UUCCCUCCGCAAACGCGACCACAUUCGCGGGCGCCGCGUUGCCGCACGCAGCGACACCUACGCUACUCUCGCCUUUGCUUCAACCAGCACUAUUCGCCAUGGAGUCAGACGAGUCUUCCGCCCAGUUCUUCGCCGUCGACACGCGGUUAGAGUCCUUCCAAGUCGCAAAGUCUGCGGCCAAGAGGAAGUCGACAGCAAAGGGCAAGGCAGCGAAGCCAUUGACCUGGCCACACAGGUCGAUAGACCCCAUAGACCUCGCCCGCGCCGGUUUCUACUUCGAUCCGACCCCAGAACUGCCCGAUAAUGUUGUGUGCUUCCUGUGCGAGAGGAGGUUAGGCGGAUGGGAGGACGGUGACAACCCUUUCGAGGAGCACUUGCGCCUGUCCCCGAACUGCGGCUGGGCCAUUGUCUCGGCGAUCGAGGUCGGCUUGGGAGACUACUGCGAAGAUGACCCUGCGAACCCACAGAUGGUCGAGGCGCGCAAGGCCACUUUCGCGGACCAGUGGCCGCACGAGGGAAAGAAGGGGUGGAAGUGCAAGACCAAGCAGCUCGUCGAGGCAGGAUGGAAGUACACGCCCGCGCCUGGCUAUGAGGACAUGGCGACGUGCACGUACUGCUCACUUGCUCUGGAUGGCUGGGAGCCCAAGGACAACCCGAUGAACGAGCACUACAAGCGAUCCCCGGACUGCAAGUUCUUUACGCUCACCAACCAAUAUCAGCAGGCAGCCGCUGCUGCACCAAAGAAAGCCGCUCGUGGCAAAGGCGCCGCCCGAGCAUCAAAAGCGUCGCGGUUAUCAACACAAUCUGUCGGCACGGUGGCCACCGACGUCACCGCAUCGAUCAUUGAGGCACCCGCCGAGUACGAAGAUAGUGUCAUGACGACCGCGUCGGUUGCCACGCAAGGUGGUACCAAGAAGCCUCGGGCAAAGAAGGCCACCACGGCCAAGGGCAAGAAGACAAAAGCGAAGAAGGAAGAGCCUGUCGAGGUUCUUGAGGAUCCAGUUGAGGAGCCCGUGGAAGACCACAUUGAGGAACCAUCCCCGCCACCAGCUAAGCCGGCUCGAGGCAAGAAGAGGACUAGUGAUCAGGUAGACGAGUCGACGAUGAUCAGCGCGGAGGCACCAGCACCUAAGAAGCGGGCGGCGCGUGGGAAGGCCAGCAAGGCAGCAGACGAGUCGACGAUUGUGCCGGAGCAGGACACAGUCAUGGACGAUGAGGAGCCGGUCGGCCCGGUGCAAAAGAAGAAGCCGAGGGCGUCCAAGGCCAAGGCGCCACGGAAAGUGUCGACAGCGUCAACAGCAUCAGAUGUGUCGGCUUUGCCAGAGCAAAGAGAGUCAGAUCACAUGAUGGACGAUGCAGAGAUUGAGCGACAACUGCAAGCCGAGCUUGAUCGUCCUCUCACGGACGACGAGGAUCUUGACGCAGACUCGGACUCUGAGCGGCGCAAGGUGUCGAACCCUCAGCCAAAGGCCAAGAAGACAUCUACCAAGAAGAGCAGCCUCGCCAGUCGGCAGGGUUCUGCUGGUCAUCACGCCAUGUUUGACCCUUCACCCGUGGACAUUGACGAGGACGAUAUCGAACAAGAAUACCGCACAAUGCAGCAGAGUGUACAGCCAACGGACGAGGAGACGCAAGAACCGGAACAAGAGCCGGAGCCGGAGCUGGAGCCCAUGCCUGCACCCGUCAAGGUCCGCAAGGCGGGCGCGAGGAAGGUGUCGAAGCAGACGAAGAAGGCCCCGACACCGCCUCCAGUUGUGGAUGACCGUUAUGACGACGACAUUGACGAGCUUGCCGAAGGCCACGAGGACAGCAUUCUCAGCAAUGCCACCGCGGCCAGCAAACAAGCAGCCACCGUGGCAUCUGUGGCGGCUCCAGCACAGAAGAAGCGGGCACCGGCUGCCAAGAAGUCUACCACGACAACUAAGGCUGCCGCUGUAGCCGAAGCCUCUGUACGGAUGUCCUCUCAGCAGCGGUCGGAUAGCCCCGACAUGGACGACUUCCCUGAGCCGCCGAAGCCCAAGAAGGCAACCGCGGCGGCAAAGAAGGCCGCGCCUGUCGCGAAGGAGAAGUCUCUGCCGCCCCCGCCUGCCGAGGAGGAGCCCAGCAACAACCCACCAGCUACGCCACGGAGCAAGAUGCCAGCCACGGCCCGGGCCAAGCAAGCGACCAUCUCGCCCUCUCAAUCACCACAAUCUUCGGACGCUGAGAACCAGCCGCCGUCGUCCAAGCCAUCCGGGACGGCGGAGAGCAAGCGGUUCGCGCUGGGUCCCGUGGCUGCCACGCCGAACCGCAUGUCUCCGUCGAAGAUGUCCCCAUCAAAACGCCACCUCAUGUCUGGUCUGCAGAGCGAGAAGCCGUGGGCUGCAGUGGACGUGGAGGCCAUCUUUGAGGAUCUUGACCAGGAGAAUGCCAACAACACGUCGAACCUGCUCAAGGGGGGACCUGAGCUGACGACCCCGGAGAAGCUGAUGACGGUGGAGGAGUGGAUCUACUUUAAUGCACAGCAGGCGGAGCAGAAGCUCAAGUAUGAGUGCGAGUCUGUGGUGAGCGCGUUUGAGCGGGAGGGGCAACGCGCGAUGCAGACCUUGGAGGGCCUGGUGGUAGAGUAGUCGGUGCUAGCGACCUUGACGAUGCCAUGAUGCUUGAUCUGGAUGGGCGUCUGGUGGUUUUGGUAUUUUGGAGGGUGGCGUUUCGGAUUAGAAGGCGUGCAAUUGGGAUUGGAGUUUGGUCUGAUGCUUAUUGGGCACAUGGAGAAACGAGAACCUUGUCCUGUGCACACAGCGGCUUCAGAAGUGACAUUGUUGAGUGCUUGGUGUCGAUCAUGGGUGACAUGCCCCGACAUGGAGUCCAUAAAUAGAAGGGGCCCACAGCGGGCGGAUCCAAUUAACGCUGCUUUACG